GAAACUGUGGUUGCCAUGCCCUCAAGGAUGCCUAACCCUUUAAAGGGGCUGCCCACACAGCCGUGCUGCCCACGCCACCCCUUUAAAGGGUCAGGCAUCCUUCAGAUGCUUGCGACUGCCAGUGACGCCGAUCCUGGGAUCCCAGCUGCUCACUGCAGUGCUGCUCCUGCGAUUGGCUCCCGGCAGCAGCGUGGGCAGGAGCCAGGGCUCCUCUCCCUGGUGUGGGCACAGAGCUGUGCGCUGCCGGCUCGGCUGUGCGGGGUGAGAAGCGCCGCUUUGGGUCUGGAGCAGAUGAUGCACGUGAGCCGCGUGUUCCUGCCGUUGGUGACGGCGUGCAUGGGGAUCUCGGCGUACCCUGCACAGCACCAGCACAGAGGGAGGACGUCUGUUCCCAGCUUAGAGGAAGAGAUCGACUUUCUGGCAGACGUGCUGGCCAGGCAAGAUGCUACCCGUCCCCACGCCCUGCGAGAUGGCAAGCCCAGGACCACCCCUUCCCCCACCGGGAGACAGCGAGCGCCCAGCAGGCUGAGGCAGGAGCUUCUGCAGCGGGGCCCGGCCAGCAGCAAGGCAGCUGCCAUGCUCCCCACCUCUACCACUGCCACUUCACCGAAGUACCCCGUGGAGGCAGCCCCUGUCCCUUCGAAUGACGAUGUGGUGCUCGGGCUGAUCGUGGUGUGCACACUGGCUGGGAUCUCCGCUCUGAUUGUGGCUGCAGUCUGCUGGUGCAGGCUGCAGAAGGAGGUCAGGCUGGCACAGAAAGCAGACUACUCAGCGCAGAGAGUGGCCAGUCCUCUUCCCUACGACAAGAUCUCGCCUGGGGACAAGACGCUGGCUCAGAGCGCCCAGAUGUACCACUACCAGCACCAAAAGCAGCAGAUGCUCUCCAUGGAGAAGCAUAAAGAAGAGCCCAAGGUGCCGGACUCCGCCUCAUCCGAUGAAGAGAACGAGGACGGAGACUUCACGGUGUACGAGUGCCCCGGGCUGGCUCCGACCGGAGAAAUGGAAGUGAGGAACCCGCUGUUCGACGACUCCUCCCUGCACCCCCCGAACCCCAGGGUGCACCCGUAACGCCCCGCGCCCGAGCUCUCUGCGGACCGCACGACCCGGGCAGGGCACGGCCCCCCCCGGCGGACUGCUCGACGCCUGCCCAAUAAACACCCACUAACAGCCGUGGGACGGGGGCUGCCCUGCUUCAAGCGUCCUUGUCCUCUUUGCCGCUGUGAUCGCGUCCCUGCUGCCGCCCGCUGCUCCGGGGCACCGAGGGGGCCGGGGAUCCCUGCUGUGCUGUGCUUUGCGGAGGGCAGGGGUCUGUGUCCCGGUGCUGCAUCCUCAGCACGGCAGCGACCCGCUGUGAGGUGGCCCUGAGCCGCCCCGUGCAACCCGUGGGGCCGGAGCUGAGAGCAGUCCCGGAGCCGCUGAGCCCCGGGGUGGGGGGAUCCUGUGGGCUCACUGCAGGCGGAGGUCGUCCUCGAGGCCAUUGCAGCUCGCCAGGAUCUGACCCCAGGCCUCGGUGCGAUGAACGAUCCGAAGGGGUUCAGCAUUUCAGUUUUAAACCGAUGGGGGAGGAAGGAGAGGAGCGCAGGAGCUGCAGGCCGGGGGCACUCGCUGUUCUGCAGUGCUGCGCUGCUCCCUGAGCCCCAUGGUACCCACAGGGUGAGCGUGGCUGAGCCCAGUGCCGAGCAGAGGCACCCCCUGCACACCAUCUCCCCCAGCACCUGCCCUUCUCUGUGCCCACGGCCUGCCCGGCAGACCCACACCUUUCACAGCCUCCCUAUGGAGCUGCCCUGAGCAGCUCUCUGUGACACGGGACAGCCUCCUUCCGUCCAUCCUGGGCUCCCACCCUCCAUCUGCACCCUCUGCCCUUGUCUGUGUCUGUGUAGAGCAUGCAGGAGCCUGGGGCUUUGUGUCCUUGCCAGCUGCUGCCGACACAUCCCUGAUGCUCCAAGCCCAAAGUCUGCACUGCCCUCGGCCUGGGAUGAGUUUGGGGUUGCUUUUCACAGAUGUGGUUUCACGUCCAGAGCCCUGCACAGGCAUUGCAGCUGCAGGUGCCCCUGCUGCAUGCAGGAGGCCCAUUGCAGGCGCAGCACAGCGGGGAUGGCAGCAUGGCCCCGUGGCAGCGUGGCAGUGCUGUGGGGCAGCGGUCAUCACUGCACAGAUCCUUUCUCUUUGCCGCGCUGUUACACGUGGGUCGCUGCCCCUCUCCCUGAGACCAUUGUUAUUGUAUGGAUUGUAGUUAUUUUAAAAGGAGAUUUUAUUAAACGACCAUGUUUGAGA